AUGCUCGAGGAUAAAUCAACAAAUUUCAAGCAAAGCUUAGAAAAAUUCCAAAUUCCUUCAUUAGAUUCAAAACAUGGAAGCGAUGAAGUUAUCGUUGAGAAAGCUAUAAAUCAUGAGGCGAACAAGAUACAACCAAUCGAAAAUUCGACUAUUGGUAAUUUUGAUGCGAAUACUUCAUCAGUUAUCACCAAUUAUUGCGUAAUUGCAUUAUUAGAUGUCAGCCCUAAAACGCAUGCAGCUGAUAAUCUCUCAACACCUACUCUACAAAAAAAUAAUGUACAUACCGGGAAUUUGGAUGUUUUAUCAGAAGUCUCAUUUGCAAAUCUGGAAAUGAUUAAGGCUAUUCCUCGAACUUAUCAGGAUCUGCAAAUAUCGUAUCCACGUCCCAUUCCACCGACACCGUCCGGAAUUUUGAAAAUUUGUACGCCGUCCUUUUAUGGAGGAAAUCCAAACCUUAUGGAAUAUCUUUAA